CGUUUCUUAAUUUUUUGGUUAAUUACAUAUAUUACAUCUAAAAAUAAUUAUCUUAGUUAAAAAAAUAAUAUUUAUGAACAAAUAAACCGAAAAUAAUUAAAUUAAGAAUAAUGUUUGCCUCUGUUUUAAGUUCCUUUCGAAAUCUAGCUAUUUCUCAAACGAGGCUCAUUUCUAUAUAUUCACCUGCUUGCAUACAAGCAUCACCAUGUCUAUAUGCCGAACCACUGAAGAAAAAGAAGCGUAUGGAUCCACAAAUUGUAAGACAACGUGAAGAAAGAAGAAGAAAAAAAUUAGAGAAACAAAUACGGCGACUUGAAAAAAAUGCACGUCAAUUGAAACCAAUUGAUGAGUUGGAUGUACCACUAGUGUUAAUUGAUCAAAAUAAACAAAGAACGAGACCUGUAGUAAAACACACAGAAGAAGAAUUAGAAAGAAGAGCUAUGUUACAAAAAGAGUGGACCCAAGCUCGAACUCGUACAUACUUAGCAGAUUACCAAAUGAUCGAUAGAAUAUUAGCAUCACAACGAAAAGCCCUGGAUGAAUUACGCAAGGAAAGUGAAGAAUUGUACUUAGAAGCUGUUCAGAUCGAUCAAGAGUUAUUACCGUUUACUACCACAGGACCCACAAUAACACCCCCAAUUAAAAAUUAUGAAAGCCCAGAUGGGGAAUAUAUAGAUAUAUCAAAAAAAUGGGAUUGA